AUGACCUCGCCAGACCGUACAGCCCCGAGUGAAGUUCAAGGAAAAGCUUUCUUGAUCAAUUUUUCAGAAUGGGACUUACCCCCGGGCGCCAAAAACUUUCCGGGUCACCGAAUCCUGCCUUUACGUCCUGGCUUGUCCAUUCUUUUAAACCUACUCUUGAAUCUUUUAGUAACCGCAAUACUUGACGCGACAAACUAUAUUCACGACACCACUCUCAAAUGGGCAUUGCAUGAUGAAGGGCGAUUGAGAUACAACUCAAAUAUCCGACUUUUCACUAGUUCGCGCCGCCACGGCCCCAAUAGCUGGUAUGCAAAUGUCGUUUCUCUUCUGGGUCUAGCACUCACUCAUGGGUCCUUAUCAACUAUCAUUGUCAACGUGGUUGUCAUAGGGACUUGGAAUGACAAAGCGAGGAAGUUCGAAUUCACCCCCGCGCAAACCACCGACUUCAUCGAUAUCAAUUGCUUUGCGGUCAUUUUUCUGGGUGUUGGGAUCUUGCUUCAAGCCAUCGUGUCUACCUGCUGUUUAAUAUGUAGUCGUGGAGUAAAGACAUGGAGCAGUGGUCUACUGGCAAAUUCAAAAGCACUCUCAUACGACGAAAAGCUCAAUACCGAAAGCCACACAGCUCCUUUGCUUUCGAGUCGGGAACUUCAGAGUUCAAUGUUUGAGAUAGCCCCGCAGGUACAACUGGUCCGCCGGCUUGUCUGGUGCUUUACUGGAAUCUUCAUGGCUUGGUCUCUGGGUCAUGGAAUUUACAUCGCAGUGCAUGGCUAUGACAUGGAUAAUGUUGUUGCAUGGUCCCGGGAUGUGCAGCAAUAUUGGCAGUUCUACGGAGGAAUGUGGAUGGACUAUGGUCGUCUACUUGAAUCGACCCCGUAUUGGCUGGGAAAUAGUGAUACAGACAAUCCUGCAAUCCUUCAUAACCUUUGCGCUGCACUGUGUGGAGCUUUUGUUCAAGAUCUCUCGCGAUGA